AACACAGAUUAAUUGCAUUUGCGUUUUUUACAUACAUGAAUACAUUUAUGCAUCAAGGUAUAGGAUGUAUUUGUGCACCUUCACCGAUUGUCACUAAAGAAUAACAUGGCCUCGUUAUGGCGCGCAUGCGCCAAGCUCUCUCUGGUUGCCUCCGCCGCUGCCGGUGGCGCCACCGCGGCACUCAUUGCCACCUCCGAUGACCCCGAAACAGCGCUGAGGCUUUGCACCACCGUCCCCAACCGCCUCUUCCGUGACGCCGUCACUGUCGCCAACAUUGCUUUCGAUUAUGAAUAUUCCCUAUGGGGAAUUGCGGAAGGAAGUAGUGAGAGGGAGAAAGUCAAGCGUGAAGUUCACCUCCGGUCAGCACAAAAACUUCAAGACCUGUGUUUUAAGAAUGGAGGUGUUUAUAUAAAGCUUGGACAACAUCUUGGGCAGUUGGAAUACUUAGUUCCUGAAGAAUAUGUUCAGACAAUGAGGGAGUCUAUGCUAAAUAGAUGUCCAGUUUCUUCAUAUGAGCAAAUAUGUGAAGUCUGCAAGAAAGAGCUUGGGGACACACCGGAUAAAAUAUAUUCUGAGUUCGAUCCAGUCCCAAUAGCAAGUGCUUCCCUUGCACAAGUACAUGUAGCCCGUACACAUGAUGGACAAAAAGUUGCUGUGAAGGUUCAGCAUAGUCACUUGACUGAUACUGCAGCUGCUGAUCAUGCCACUGUCGAGUUGAUUGUGAACACUCUGCAUAGGUUUUUUCCUUGUUUUGAUUAUAGAUGGUUGCUUGAUGAGAUCAGUGAAAGUUUACCCAAGGAAUUGGAUUUUUUAAAUGAGGCAAAGAACAGCGAGAAGUGUUUGGAGAACUUCCGAAAGUUGUCUCCUCAUAUCGCGAAUUAUGUAUAUGCACCAAAAGUAUACUGGAACCUAAGUACCUCAAAGCUGCUAACAAUGGAAUUCAUCGAUGGUGCUUAUGUAAAUGAUGUAAAGACCAUUCAGAAACUUGGGAUUCGUCCACAUGAACUUUCAAUGCUGGUUAGUCAGACUUUUGCUGAAAUGAUGUUCAAGCAUGGGUUUGUGCAUUGCGAUCCGCAUGCUGCUAACUUAUUGGUUCGCCCAUUGCCUUCCAGUAAAGGUAGCAUUCUGGGCAGAAGAAAACCACAGUUAAUUCUUUUAGACAAUGGACUCUAUAAAGAGCUUGACUUCGACACAAGAACUAAUUAUGCUGCACUAUGGAAGGCAUUAAUAUUUGCUGAUUCUAAUGCAAUCAAGGAAUACAGUGCAAAGUUGGGUGCUGGGGAAGAUUUAUAUGCACUUUUUGCUGGAGUUCUAACAAUGAGACCAUGGAAUAGAGUUAUUGAUUCAUCUAUGGAUCAUUUAGUUAUAGAGGGAAAUGAGAGUGAUCGAUCAGAAUUGCAGAUGUAUGCUUCUCAAUAUUUCAAUCAAAUCUCGGAGCUUCUAAGGAGAUUACCGCGUGUGAUUCUUCUAAUGCUGAAGACAAAUGACUGUUUACGUGCAGUCAACAAUUCUCUGGUUCCGGGAUCAUCUCUGGAGACAUUUUAUAUCAUUGGAAAGGUUUCUUCUGAGGCUUUCAUUGAUUCAAAGAUGUCGCAAAGCAAGUCACUUUUAACUUGGUUUAGCGUUAAAUUGGAUAAGAUUUUGCUGGAAGUACGUCUUUGGGGAAUGCAGAUGGCCUUGUGGCUUUUGCAACUAAGAAAGGCAUUGGCUUGGUCUAAACAAAGAUUAUAAAGGACGUAAUCUGCCUAAUUUAUUUUCUGCUACAUUUUUUGUCUUCGAAAAAUAAGCUCAUAUUCUUUGUCUCCGUGGUCAGAAAUUCCUUCUCAAUCUGGACAUUUGUCUGAGCACGGAUUGAUAAUUAAUUUUUAGCAUGUUUGGUUUUGUGUUGAGAACCGCAAAACCAUGGUUUCGCUUUCUGCCAAACCGUGAUACUAGACUUUUCAAACUUAAACCAAACAUGCACUUUUAUAGUUUAUUUAUAUAAGGUUAAGAGAGCAUGGAAAGGAGCAAAUCAUGCAUUUGUUAUAGCCUGUAAGCUUUACAGUAUUCAGGUGUUCGUGAACCAGAAUGUUGUUGUGAAUCCCCAUUGAUAUGGGAA